AUGCCGUACUACGCGAACGGCGACCUAUCCGCGUGGAUCAACGAGAUCCUGCGCUGUGCCUGCGCAUGGCCCACCAGAUCACUGGACAUUGUGCAUUGUGGCCUCAAACCCAAGAACAUCUUCAUGACGUCCACGCAUGAGGCGUUGCUGGGUGACUUUGAUGAUGUGCGCGAUGCCAAAAGCACUAUGACAUCGGCCGCGGGCACCACGCGGGAAUACGCGGCCCCUGAUAUCCGUUCGCAGAAUCUGUUCCAUGGGCUGUGUGUUACGGGCAUCUACAGCACCGUGACCGACGCCGGUAUUGCCAGUCUGAUCCACCAAAUGACAACUGAUAAGGCCUCGGAGCGUCCCACGCUAGCGGAUGUGCUCGCGAUGCCCAUCUUCAGUGAGCUGCACAGUGCGCGCAUGUGUGGGGUAUGUAUGGACACCUAUGCGGCGGUGGGCGGUCUCACGUGCAAGAACGGGCACGUGGUGUGCAACGACUGUGUGGACAGGGCCUUGGCGUUGGACAUGAACAGCAUCAACCAUGUCGCGCGCCACAAUGGACUGCUGCCGUGCAUCAUGCGGGUGAGUGGCUGUGACGACCUGUGGGAGCCCAAAGCAUAUGCACCGCAUGUAACGAAGGCGACGUUCGACAAAGCCAUGAGUCUGGUGAAUAAACCUAAAGUCCGCGCAGAGGUGCUGUUGGAGCUGCGGCGCGAGGCUGCCGAGGAACGCGAGUUCAACCACAUUGCCAACGAGAUCCUGCCUCUGCGAUGUCCGGGAAUGGGACAUGUGCUGGACGAGUCCUUUGACGCCUGCUUCGCCUUGACGUGCGACUCGUGUCCGCGCGAGAACAACGAGUUCUGUGCGCUGUGUUGGGGAAGUUUCGGAGGAGACACACGCUCACAUGUGCUGCGGUGUGCCCUCAACCCACGUCCAGGCCAAUUCUUCAAAGCCAAAAAAGUCUUUUACGAGCUGAGACGGAAGGACCGCUCGCAGAAAUUGAGGGAUUAUUGGGCCACGCUCCAUAUGGACGAUAUUAACAAAGAGAAGCUGGCAGAGCGUGUGCAGCCCAUACUGGAUCAGUUGAAGCCUGAGGAGACGUACGGCUCUGUUUCCAAUAUCGUAGCUUAG